AUGGCACCAAAAAAGAGGACAAAAAGGGGCCAGAGUGCUCAUAAGAGCCUGGAGGAAACUUCUGGAUCACCAAAGGCCCAAGAAACCUUGACACCUGGAACCAGUAGCUUUGUUCCCUUUUCAGGAACAGGCCACAGACUGGGAGACACCACAGGACAAAGUAACAACCAAGAGCUAAACUCCAAGCCUUUCUCCUCAUCUGCUUCCAGAGCUACAGGUCCAUCCAGACCCAAAAGAAUCAAAGUCAGCCCCGACAGUCAGCACCCGACGAGAUCCAACGAAGACCUGGACGUACAGAGGGAGGCUGAGUUUCUUGAGCCUGUGGAAAGGGAGCCGCUGGUCUACCACAUGGACUCCUGGGAAACUCAGAGAUCACACUCUGGUGACCUGACGGAGGACUUUUUUGAGUUGACAGUUGAUGAUGUGAGAAAGCGGUUUGCACAGCUCCAAGCAGACAGUAGAGUCUUAGAGGAAACUCCCCUGCUGACUGCAGCCCUGCGGGAGACUUACAUGGUCAGGAGGAUGCAGAGGUACCCAAAGGUGGUGAUAAGGAUCCAGUUCCCUGACAGGCAUGUUCUUCAGGGAUUCUUUCGUCCUCUGGAGACAGUUGGAAACUUGAGGGAAUUUGUGAAGAGCCAUCUGUCUAACCCUCAGCUUGAAUUCUAUCUGUUCACAGCUCCAAAGAGAACCCGACUAAUUGACCCCAGCACCACGCUCUUUGAGGCCAACCUGUUUCCAACAGCUCUGCUUUAUUUUACAUCUGACGAAAAGACAGACUGUUACUUAAAAAGCCAGUGGGUGAAUUCUGCAGUUUCAGUGUUGGAGGCCAACCAAGCAGUUGCAAGCUGCAUGCCAAGGUCACCAACCCCAUCAUCCACCUCACUUGUUCCGGAAGAGUCUUUUCCGCUCCCUGCGGCUUCCAGAGUACCAGCCAAUCAGCAGAGCACAGCAGAUGGUCAGCCUCAACCACAAACUAAAAGCCAAGCGCCAAAAGCAGUUAGGGGUGAUCCCAGCAGAGUGCCCAAGUGGUUGAAACUGCCAGCAGCCACAGCAGUGAUCAGGCUCCGGAGUGCAAUGUCGUCCAAGCUCAGGCAGCAGAUUGGAGACUGA